UACUAAAUUCUUCUUUGUGCUAAAAAAGAAAAAAAAAAUCUUUACCCUUAUGCUAAAAAAAAUUAACAUAUUUAGGCCCCUCCUAUAACUAAGGGCUGGUUCCGCCACUGCCAGUCGACUCCGACUUUGCCCGAACCCCAGCCACCUCACACAACAACGAAACGAACCGAAACCCCACCGCCCCGCCCACCACGAGUCGAGCCCCACCUCCGACCGACACCAGUCCGACGGAGACCCACAGCCGCACCAUCUCGACCCCGCACCAUCUCGACCGAACCUAACCAUCCACGAACCGAACCCACGUCCAUUGGUGGUAUUUGUAGGACCUUGGAAGUGCUUGAGAGAAACAAGUUGAUCUUGUCUUGCUAAUCUAAAAAUAUAUGGCCAUGGCUGCUGCAUCUUCCCUGUUUACAUUUUCAUUUCAAGAGGGCAUCUGCUCUCAGAAAACAAAGACAUGCUUUAAGAAAUUCAUGCACAAUUACCUAAAUCUUACGCGCAAUCAACUGGGUUGCUCCAUGUCAAUGUAUCUCAAACAUGCAAGAUCAUUGCACAGUGAGAAGUCCUUGAUAUUGGAAGAAACUGAAAGAUUAUCAAAACAGAAUAGAAUUCUCUGCCGUGCACUAGAAAUUGAAAAUUCGCCUUCUUUUACAUUGGGAAAUAAGUUUCAACUUGAUGAUGUGAUUGAAGCUCAACAAUUUGAUAGAGAUAUUCUUAAUGCUAUAUUUGAAGUUGCUCGAGAUAUGGAAAAGAUUGAAAAGAAAUCACCAGGAAGCCAAAUCCUCAAAGGCUAUCUAAUGGCUACCCUCUUUUAUGAACCCUCUACUAGGACUAGGCUUUCCUUUGAGUCUGCCAUGAAACGGUUAGGUGGGGAAGUUUUAACGACUGAAAAUGCUCGGGAGUUUUCCUCUGCAGCAAAAGGAGAAACACUUGAAGAUUCUAUAAGAACUGUUGAAAGUUACUCAGAUAUAAUUGUAAUGAGGCACUUUGAAAGUGGUGCUGCUAAAAGAGCUGCUGCCAUUGCUGGCAUCCCUAUUAUUAAUGCAGGAGAUGGUCCUGGACAACAUCCGACUCAAGCUCUUUUAGAUGUCUAUACCAUUGAAAGAGAGAUAGGAAAACUCGAUGGCAUUAAAGUUGGGCUUGUUGGGGAUCUUGCUAAUGGAAGGACAGUGAGGUCACUUGCUUACUUACUUGCAAAGUAUGAAGACGUAAAGAUCUACUUUGUCUCUCCUGAUGUGGUGAAGAUGAAGGAUGAUAUAAAAGAUUAUUUGACAUCUAUGAAUAUUAAAUGGGAAGAAAGUGCUGAUUUAAUGGAAGUAGCUUCCAAAUGUGAUGUUGUUUAUCAAACUCGCAUUCAACGGGAACGAUUUGGGGAGAGAACUGAUCUCUAUGAGGAAGCUCGAGGCAAGUACAUUGUGGAUCGUCAAGUGUUGGAGGCAAUGCCGAAACAUGCUGUAGUCAUGCACCCUCUACCGAGGCUUGAUGAAAUUACUGUUGAUGUUGAUUCGGAUCCAAGGGCUGCUUAUUUUCGACAAGCAAAGAAUGGCCUCUAUAUCAGAAUGGCUCUCCUUAAACUCUUGCUAGUUGGGUGGUGAGGCAAAGGGUUGUCGUUUGAACCUGUUUUGUUAACUGUGGGUUUUUGCUCAAGUCAAAGUGAUGCUAAAUGAUUAAUAAAUUUAAGCUUUUUGAUACUUUAAACUAUUAACCAUAAGAAGCAAUAAAAAAUAUCAUUCUAUAGAA